GUAAAGUUUGUGAAAGAGAAGUAUCUAGUAGUGAGAAGUAAAAAGGAAUAGAAAAUACAAACUCUCUCUCUCUAACCUUUUCUUGCAACAACUUAACCUCUCUCUAUAUGUCAUAGGUUUUUUUGUGUGUUAUAUUUUCUUUCAACACUCACCAAAAAGCUCCAUUUUACCAUUAGUUCUGAUUCAACUCCACAUAUCUAUUUAGUUGAAAGAACCCAAAAAAAGAAAAAAGAAGAAGAGAAUAUUUAUAGGUGAGGAAGUUUUUGCCAUGGUCAAAUUUAGGCUGGGAUAAGAGAGCUAAGCAACCAAAACUCUUGAAGUUCUUCUCCGAUCGGCCUUUUUUUUCUUUCUUUCUACAUCUUGUAUGGUUGUUUGACUUGUAGAGAAAGAAAUGUGGAAUCUAAACAACUCUCCAGAUCAUAGAAGAGAUAUUGAAUCUGAAGAAGGUAAAGGUGUUGGAUCCAUUUCAAAUUCAAGUUCAUCAGCUGUUGAGGAAUUAUAUGGCUCAGAGGAAGAAGAUGAAUUUCCAGAACAAAAUGAAGUAAAAGGCAAGAAAAAGAAAAGUAUUCCUAGUAAAAUAUUUGGCUUCUCUAUGAUUGCUCAUCCCGACGAUAACGACAACUUGUCGUCGGAGAUUAUACCGCCGGUUACCCGGCAGUUUUUUCCGGUUAAUGAGUCGGAAAUCGGAACUGUCAAUUUUAAUGAUAGAUCUUGUAGAUUUCCAAGGGCCCAUUGGGCUGGAGUAAAAUUCUACCAACCGGAGCCAUCUGGUAAUUCUGCAGCAGUAUUGGGAAAGAGUAGUGAGUUGUCGCAACAGGUACAGGUACAGCCAAUGAAAAAGAGCCGGCGUGGUCCAAGGUCUAGGAGCUCACAGUACCGCGGUGUUACUUUUUAUCGUAGAACUGGCCGCUGGGAAUCACAUAUAUGGGAUUGUGGAAAGCAAGUUUAUCUAGGUGGAUUUGAUACAGCACAUGCUGCAGCUCGUGCGUAUGAUAGGGCAGCAAUAAAGUUUCGGGGAGUGGAUGCGGACAUAAACUUUAACUUGGCAGAUUAUGAGGAAGACUUAAAACAGAUGAAGAAUCUAACGAAGGAAGAAUUUGUGCAUGUACUACGGAGGCAAAGUAGUGGUUUUCCGAGGGGAAGUUCUAAGUAUAGAGGGGUGACAUUGCACAAAUGUGGUAGAUGGGAAGCUAGAAUGGGCCAAUUAUUGGGCAAAAAGUACGUUUAUUUGGGUCUUUUUGAUACUGAAAAUGAAGCUGCCAGGGCUUAUGAUAAAGCUGCCAUCAAGUGUAAUGGCAAGGAUGCAGUCACUAACUUCGAUCCUUGCAUUUAUGAAAAUGAACUUAAUUCAACUGAAUCUACUAAUAAGGCAGCAGAUCACAGCCUUGACUUGAGCUUAGGCAGCUCAAGCUCAAAGCAAAGCAGCCGAGAAAUGGAGGAUACUAAUAAGGAUCAAAAUUCUUCUUAUAUGCAAUUCGAUGUUGAUUGGCGGCACCAAGGGUCGAGACCCAAGGAACAACCUAGUCCAAUUGAUAUGGAUGGGCGAAGAAGAAAUGUGUACAAUGAGACGGAAACGUUGCAACUGUUGAGCCAAACGCACCUACAUUCUCCUGGCUCCUUCAAACCAAAUAGCAAUGAAAUGCAAAGGUUUGGCCAUUAUAUGAGAACUGGUGAUUCCCAAAUGAUUCCACCGCAAUUCACAUCCUCAAAUUAUCAAUUUCCAAGCAGCAGUAAUAGAAGAGAUACUCAACAAUGGCAAAGCAAUAAUGUUCCUCCUCCUCCUCCUCACCUAUUUGCAACUGCUGCAGCAUCAUCAGGAUUCCCUCAGCAGAUAUUAAGACUUCAAAAUUGGCCUCAAGAAAAUGGAUUCCAUUAUUCUCUCACCAGACCCUCCAAUUAAUAUUUCUACAUAUAUAUACAACACAGUUCGAUGCACAAAACAUUCCGCGUUAGAAAAGAGAACUAGCUAACCGCACCUGAAGAGGUGUGAUGUAGGCUAUAUAUAUAAUGUAAUAUAAUAUUUUAUAUAUAUAAUAUUCACAAGGGUUAAUCUUGAUGGGAAAGAGUUUUUGGGAGAUUACAACUCUAUGGAUAUAAUUGUUACAAAGCUAACUGAAGAAAAGAUAUUGAACUAGAUUUCUUUUGGAUACUUUCUGACUGUAAGCUGCCAAUUUAUACCAUCAACAAGUACAGCUCCUAAAUAAAUGUUUUUAAUUUCUUGUGUUGUUA